AUGCGCGCAAAGCUAUACCAAUUUCACGACAAUUAUCGCCCACCUUACUAUGGCACGUGGCGCACUCGUAGCAAGGUUAUUACCGGUAGACGUCCAUUUUCAAACGUGGAGGAGAAAAUUGACUAUGAAGUGGACUCAGAUGCAGAAUGGGAAGAGGAACCGUCGGAUGCCGAUGAAUGCAAGUCGGACGAAGAGGUAACAUAG